UGGACGCUGAACCCGUAGCCCGCCACUUCCCUCCUCUUGCACGACCUCUUCAUCAAGUUGUGUUGGAUAGCAUCCUAGUGCCAUAUAUUUUGUUCCAAAUGACUCGUGAAACCUCCAAAUUGUUAGAGCAGAGUCAACUGAAGGUGUUAUUUUCAUGAAUAGGUCAAACAAAUGGAUCAAGCUAUAGACUAUAGUUUCCUUGUCCUGAUCGGGCAAAGCAUAGCCAGGGGCAGGGUAAUGGCUCGGAGCGGAAGUCGGCGGCGGCGUGGAUGUGGAACUACUUGGGUUGGUAAGCCGGUACGAAGCAACCCAAGACCCAGAGAGCCGAGAUCUGAUCCUCUCCUCGAUUUGCCAACACUCAGGCCUGCCUCCACCAACCGCCAGCGCUCAUUAAUUAUCUCGAUCCUCCAAGCGGCGAUGCCGUUUUGGAAUCCGAUCACAGCGACGACUAGAUGGAUGAUGUGGAAGAAGAAAAAGAAGAGGAGGAGGAGUUCAGGUAUGCAAUAUUCGAUUGGGACAGUGGUUUGUCGAGGGUGGUAGUGCUGACGGCAGAAGAGCUCCGGCGGCGCAGCCGCACAAUUCUUCAUAUGGGAAGAAACUGAUAAUUGAGGAAAUGAAAAAUAAUUCCCUCCUAUUGUUUUAUUAAUUUCACGGAGGAAUCAGUAUGUAUAAUUGGACCGAAGAAUUGAUCGUCUCUUUUGUGUGAGGGAGAAAUGGAGAGGUCUCUGUUGGUACGAGGAAGAAGAGGGGUUUGGAAAACAGGGGAAAAGAAACGGGGAAGAAGACGGUUAAAAUUAGGAGUUUAAUUGCAAUUAUCAAU